UUUGGACCUGGGAUGACAUCUGUGUUUUGAACUUUUGGCCCCCUUUUCUCUCAGAAUUGUCGUUUUUUUUUUUUUUUUUUUAAGGCGGAGAGCGGCGUCAGGACGAGCGCGUUGGCUCCGCAGGCGCGCAGCGUGGCGCCCGUACGCGCACAUAAAACAGCGCAGCGCAGCGCCGGCAGGUUUGUGUGUUAAAAGACGGCUGGACCGGGAAAAAGAAACGCGAAAUCCUCUUUCAACGAGCGUGUUUUGGAUAUGGAGCGGGUGAAGACGCUCGACCUUCUCGUUGGAGUUGCUUUAGUUUUGCAGUGCGUUGGAAAUGUCCAAGCCGAGCUCCAGACCGCUGACGAGGUCUCUUACUCAUACAGCCAGGCACAAGAUGAGGACGUGGCAGUGAAUGUGAAACUGUACAAUCACCGAUGGAGGCGAUGGCUCCCCACAAAACCUCGUAACAUGGACACUAACAGGGCCAGUCAGGAGCAGGACCAGGAGCCCGAGCAGGAAGAGCCUGAGGGCUUCCCUGGCAUGCUGUCUGCAGAAGAAUCAGACAACAGCUCCCAGAUAGAGGAAGAUACAGAUCACAACUACUACACAUCAAAAACAUACGGCCCCACUGAUCCGAUGAGCAAGGACUUGUGGGUAAAUAUUGACCAGAUGGACAAGGAAAAGGUGAAGAUCCACGGGAUUUUGUCCAACACACACAGACAAGCUGCGAGAGUUAAUCUGUCCUUCGAUUUCCCAUUUUAUGGGCAUUUCCUGCGUGAAAUCACUGUGGCAACUGGCGGUUUUAUCUACACAGGUGAUGUUGUCCACCGGAUGCUAACGGCAAUGCAGUACAUCGCUCCUCUCAUGGCCAACUUUGACCCAAGUGUCUCCAGAAACUCCACCGUUAUCUACUUUGACAAUGGUACGACACUGGUGGUGCAGUGGGACCACGUCCACCUGCAGGACAACUACAAUUUGGGCAGCUUCACCUUCCAAACCACACUGCACAACACCGGCAGGAUUGUUUUUGCAUACAAAGAGAUCCCCAUUGAGGUGUCACAGAUCAGCUCUGUCAAUCAUCCAGUGAAGGUGGGCCUGUCUGAUGUUGUGGUGGUUCACAAAAUCCAGAAGAUACCCAAUGUGAGGCGGAGGACAAUCUUUGAGUAUCACCGUGUGGAGCUGACAAAGACGAAGAUAACCAACUCUACAGCAGUGGAAAUACUGCCUUUACCCACCUGUCUCCAGCUGACCAGCUGUAGCGCGUGCAUCUCCUCGCAGAUCAACUUCAACUGCAGCUGGUGCCAUCGUCUCAACAGAUGUUCCAGUGGCUUUGACCGCCAUCGACAGGACUGGGUGGAUAAUAGCUGUCACGAUGAGACCAAGGACAAGAUGUGUGACAUCAUUGACACGACACAUCCCUAUCCAUUUACUACAGCCAUUGUUGCCAAGACAACAUCUUGGAGCAAAGAGAGUACAACGGGCAGGGACUCAUUCUCCACCUCUCAUCCACCAACCAGCAGCCCGACUGAAGAUGAUACCAAGAUUGCUGUACAUCUCAGAGACAAUGGAGCAAUGCCAGCAGACAGCACUGCAGAGAGGACGACCAGCACACAUCCUCUGCACACCGGUCUGAUCCUGGGCAUCCUCCUGGUGAUGCUCAUCAUGGUCGUUGGAGUGUUGGUUACGGUCUACGUCUACCAUCACCCCACAUCUGCAGCUAGCCUCUUCCUGCUUGAGAGACGUCCCAGCAGGUGGCCAGCCAUGAAGUUCCGCCGGGGUUCAGGUCACCCGGCUUAUGCGGAGGUGGAGCCUGUGGGCCAGGAGAAGGAUGGCUUCAUCGAGUCGGAGCAGUGCUGAGGGAGGAAGGGGGCGCCCGCAUCCCCGCCGUCCCCUUCACGCCCACCUUGCUCCCACCUCGUGCCUGCUAUAUGGGGAAUUCUUAUCUCUAGGAUCUGCCGGUUCUCAUCAGCUGACAUGUGCACAAUGACACGUACAAGUGCGUUUGAGACCACACCUGGAGAACGGUGACUAGGUACAGCAGCCAAUGAUGAGAGGAAGUGUGCCGCGAGAGUCCUCUGAAAACUGACCCCCCAGACAACCCCAUUGCUCAGACCUACUGGGGAGCAGCAGUGACAUCAUAGCCUCAGCCGGCACCGGUGAGGAAGGCUGCGAUCAUGUUGCUCCAGAGGGAUUGUAAAGCCCGACUGCCGUGACUGACACCGGUGCAUCUGAGGCAUGAAUUACACAAUCUAUAUUUUCAGAAAGUGUGUGUGAACACAGAUUUCCACGGUAUCGUCAGUGGGUUUCAACAGUAUAGCCUUUUGUAUUAUCCAGCAGGUUUCUCUUCUUUUUUCUUUCAGUCUGUUUUCAGAGAUUGACACAUUUGCUUAUGUUUUUUGGUUCUACACCAGAAUUUAAUUGACUUUUCCACAGCCCGUGAGGUCAAGCGCCACCGUGUGAUACAAACCAAACCCCAGUCACUGCGAUCGAUAGCAGCUCUGAACACCCAGUCUGUGACGUUUGUGAGAGAUUUUUAAAAAAAAGCCUCAGUGGGGUUUUUUUUUUCUUUCUAUAUACAGUGAGGAAAAUAAGUAUUUGAACACCCUGCCAUUUUGCAAGUUCUC